AUGGCUUCCCAGAUCACAAUUUUGAAGCAACAAAUCACCCAUGACGAUCGAAAGUUCGAGUUCAUGGUACUUUUAGCCGAUAUGACACAGUAUCUUCGAUUGAAACACUUUCAUCGACGUCCAGUACCUCGUACGUUAUCUGUGUGGGUAGGGGAUUCUUCUGGAGACAACUUCUAUGGCAGCAGGGAGACGGCAUCACUAGCCUUCGAUCAAUUGACGAUAGCAAUUCUGCAUGGCUCCAAGGAUAUUUCUCAACCGCCAUCAAUAGUGAUAAGGAUCAACCUUUGCGAGAAUCUGAUUGCGAUGUCGGACAAUCCAAUCCUGGAUGGAAAUGCAUCACCGCAGAUCGAGGAAGAGAUAUCAACAGAAACGACUGUGAUAUGGCAAGAUAUUCCAAUGCCGGGGUUUAGACGAGCGCAUUCAACUUCCUCAUGGAGGUUUGAUCGUCCCAGAAAGACGGCCUACUAUCAUGAUACGUUGAAGGACCCGAUUCUCGACGAUCAGGAACUAUCCUCACUUUCAGUCGUGUCCAGUUUUGUCAAGUUUCCAAAGAUCAUCAGGGUUACAAAGUUGCAACAGAUGUGA